AUGGCUAGGGCAUCGCAGUUCCUAGAGGUUUUGAAUGAUUGCAAUCUCCUCGACAUGGGGGCUAAGGGCCUUUGCUUUACGUGGUACCGAAAUCACCGUGGGUCCGUGCUGGCAAAGCAUUUAGACAGAGCGGUGUGCAACGUUGCGUGGCAAGCAAUGUUUCCGGAAGCCUACGUUGAGAACCUGUGUAGGGUCUAUUCUGAUCAUUGCCCUCUUUUACUGUGUCGUGACGGCUCAAGGGACAAGGCUCAAGAUCAACCCUUCCGGUUUCAAGCCGCGUGGGCCACCCAUCGAGAUUUUGAGCGAAUUGUUAGAGAGGCAUGGAGUCGAAGUACGCCGACCUUCGCUAAUGGGUUACGGGCUAUCCGAGAAGAUGCUACCAAGUUCAACAGGGAAGUGUUUGGGAAUAUACUUACCAGGAAGAAGGCGCUCCAACGUCGUCUUAAAGGGGUACAGUCACAACUCAAGUUAGAAGAUUCAGAGAGCCUAUCGCGCUUAGAGAAGGCUUUGCAAGCCGAGUUGGAUGAAACUUGUCUUUAG